AUGGAGAUCAGCCCUGCAACCCAGAGUGAUAAUGAGCAGAAGGGUCGUGUUUUUGAAGUGAGCCUGGCUGAUCUGCAGAAUGAUGAAGUUGCAUUUAGAAAAUUCAAGCUAAUCACUGAGGAUGUUCAGGGCAAAAACUGCCUGACUAAUUCCCAUGGCAUGGAUCUUACCCGGGACAAAAUGUGCUCCAUGGUCAAGAAGUGGCAGACCAUGAUUGAAGCUCAUAUCGAUGUCAAGACUAACGAUGGUUAUUUGCUUCGUCUCUUCUGUGUUGGUUUUACUAAAAAACGCAACAAUCAGAUUCGGAAGACUUCCUAUGCUCAGCAUCAGCAGGUUCGACAAAUCCGGAAGAAAAUGAUGGAAAUCAUGACCCGAGAGGUGCAGACAAAUUACUUGAAAGAAGUGGUCAAUAAAUUGAUUCCAGACAGCAUUGGAAAAGACAUAGAAAAGGCUUGCCAAUCUAUCUAUCCGCUCCAUGAUGUCUUUGUUAGAAAAGUCAAAAUGCUGAAGAAGCCCAAGUUUGAAUUGGGAAAACUCAUGGAGCUUCAUGGUGAAGGUAGCAGUUCUGGAAAAGCUACUGGGGAUGAGACGGGUGCUAAAGUUGAACGAGCUGAUGGCUAUGAGCCUCCAGUCCAAGAAUCUGUUUAAAAUUCAGACAUUUAAUGGUGACAAAUAAAAAAACCUAUUUGUGAUAAAAAAAAAAAAAA